AACACUUUCAUCUAAUCAAAAUUUUCGCCUAAUUCAUAAAUGCAUAAUCAAGUUGAAAAUUUUUAUGUCAAUAAUUUAACAUAAUGAAAGUACUAUAAAAUACUCAAAAGUCAAAAUUCUCAAAGUGAAACAUUAAUUAAUAAACCAAAGUUUGAAUCUAGUUAGAAAUUGAAUAGGAAAAAAGAGAAAGUAGAAGAAAAAAAUGAGUGUAAUUUUUAGGGUUUGGUGUUUGAUAAUUCCAUUGUUAUUGAUUUCCAAAUUCCAUCAAGCAUUCAGCUCCUACGCAGGUUCAACCAGUGCGAUCAUCGAUCCUACUAAGGUGAAACAAGUUUCAUGGAAACCAAGAGCUUUUGUUUACAAAGGUUUCUUGACGGAUUUGGAAUGCGAUCAUUUGAUUUCGAUAGCGAAAUCGGAGCUAAAGAGAUCUGCAGUGGCGGAUAAUUUGUCCGGUGAGAGCAAAUUGAGCGAAGUCAGAACUAGCUCUGGCAUGUUCAUUUCUAAGAAUAAGGAUGCCAUUGUUUCUGGUAUUGAAGACAAGAUUGCAUCAUGGACUUUUCUUCCGAAAGAAAAUGGUGAAGACAUACAAGUAUUAAGAUAUGAGCACGGGCAGAAAUAUGACCCACAUUUUGAUUACUUUGCUGAUAAAGUUAAUAUAGCUCGGGGUGGACACCGGGUCGCCACUGUUCUCAUGUAUCUCACUAAUGUGACCAAAGGUGGUGAAACAGUGUUCCCUAAUGCAGAGUUAGAGGAAUCUCACCGUCAUAAACUGUCUGAAACAAUUGAGGAUCUCUCUGAGUGUGCCAAAAAAGGAAUAGCAGUGAAACCACGAAGAGGAGAUGCACUUCUAUUCUUUAGUCUCCACCCAAAUGCCAUUCCAGACACUCUCAGUCUUCAUGCAGGAUGCCCUGUAAUCGAAGGAGAGAAAUGGUCUGCAACGAAGUGGAUUCAUGUGGACUCAUUUGAUAAGACGGUGGGAGCUGGAGGAGACUGCAUUGAUCAGCAUGAAAGCUGCGAACGAUGGGCUGCCCUUGGAGAAUGCACUAAGAAUCCUGAAUAUAUGGUUGGAUCUGCAGGCCUUCCUGGCUACUGUAGGAAAAGUUGCAAGACAUGUUAGAUAUGUUGCUAAUGCUUUCCGAUUUCAAGUGGCAAUUUUGGCUGUCUUUCCAAUCCAUUGGUUCUCGACAUGUAUUAUGUUUUUUGUUGUUGUGGUGGAUUGUAAUUUAUAACGUGUCUCGUUAUCUUUGUUAGCUCUUUCAUAGUGUUGUAGUGCCAUGAUCACACUUCAAGAGGUACAUUUUUGAGUCUGGAAACUGUAAUGUUAGGUGAUGUGUGAUUCAAAAUUUUUUCAUUGGUUACUUUGUAAAACAACAAAAAAAGAAAGCAUCCUUUAAAUUUCUUCCUUAGUUCACCA